UUUGUGAUGACACCAAAGUGGGCGUGGUCGAAAACGAAGUCAUUUCCUGGUGCGCUCCAACAGAAAGAUGAACGUGGGCGUAGCUCACAGCGAGGUCAACCCCAACACGCGGGUGAUGAACAGCAGGGGCAUCUGGCUGAGCUACCUGCUGCUGACCGUAGUGCUGCACGUGGUGCUGCUCAGCAUCCCCUUCAUCACCGUGCCGCUGGUCUGGACCCUCACCAAUGUCAUCCACAACCUGGUAAUGUACUUGUUCCUACACACGGUAAAGGGCACUCCCUUUGAGACCCCAGACCAAGGUAAAGCUCGUCUGCUGACACACUGGGAACAGAUGGACUACGGCAUCCAGUUCACGUCUUCUCGAAAGUUCCUCACUAUCUCACCCAUCAUUUUGUAUAUCCUAGCCAGUUUCUACACAAAAUACGACGCCACUCAUUUCAUGGUGAACACGAGCUCCCUGCUCAGUGUCCUCCUCCCGAAGCUCCCUCAGCUCCAUGGAGUACGGAUCUUUGGGAUCAACAAAUACUGAGGCGCUCGUUCACCCGCGGGUCUGGAAGGUCGCGAUGGACGGACGGGGCGUUCGCUGUCCAGAUGCCGGGAUGGGGAAACAUCUUAAGAAUGGACAGUUUUCCUGCUGCUUAACAAAUAGGGGGGGAAAAACACACUGCUGUUCUGAGCUGAAGGUUUAUGAAGAUCUAGGUGAACUUUUUAUUUUCUAUAAGCAUUCCCUAUCUAAGAUUGGAAGCUGUCAGACAUUGGAAUAUCCGUCUCUCUCCGGUGAUGUGGCGGCAAAUGUUUCUUCUUGUAGAAGCUGACCGGCUGCAUCUCUUUAAAAAACUGUUUGUUACAGAUUCUUUUUUAGGAUCAAUAAAGCUACACUUUAAAGGCA